AUGGGCAGCGGCAAGGUCCACCAGGAGCCCAUCGUGCUCGUGGUCGAUUUCCACCAUGCAAGAGGCCCCGAGGUCGAGUUCUGGUUCUGCGACGAUGGCGUCGACCCCGUGAAGAAGAAUGACUGGGCAUUGCUGCCGUUCAUGGCGCUGUCGGACGGAGCUCAUGCGUCUACGGAAGACUUCUCCUACUUCACGCUGCAGUGCAAGGAGACCGAGAGUUCCCCGGCUACCUCUCUGUUCGGCAUAUCUUGCACCACCCAGCUCGACUCGGACAAGCUGAUCAAUCGCCCGGCGGAGGUGACGCGGUCGACGGUGCAGAAGGCGGUGGUGGCUAUCAUAAACGAGCCUAGACAUCUGGGCCAGCUGAGAGAGAAGUUGUCGAUAGUCACCUCCGCAUGGUUUGCUCAACGGGACUUUACCGAUACGGAUAUCCUCCAGAAAUUCUGGGAAGGAUUGAAGAUCAGUUUGAAAAACGAAGAUUUGCACAAAGACGAGCAUUUCGGCCUUUCUUUACGAGAGAUGAUACAUGAAUUCAAGCACCAGACUUUAGUUUUGUUUAAGUGUCUAUUAUUACAGCCAAAGGUAAGCUAUUCAUCCAUCACCUUUGACUAUAUAUCUAUCAAAUACGAGCGUUACAACUAA